AUGCUGCGCAACAGCGAGGAGGGGUACGCCCAGUCCAUCACUAUCUCGGGUGAUGCGCUGGUGGUCGGUGCUCCGGCAGAAGGUUCCGGGGUGGUCUACGUCUAUUCGCUGAGUGCAGGGUGGCUCCGAGAGGCGCGGCUCGUGCCCUCCGACGCCGCCGUCGGCGACCGCUUUGGGAGCUCGCUGAAGCUGUCAGGCGAUUACCUCGUGGUGGUGGCCAGCGGCCACGACGUGAACUCCCUCUCAGAGACGGGGUCUGCCUACAUCUUCACCAGAAGCUCGGGCUGGCAGCAGGGAAAGCUGCUCGCCAACGACACAAUCGCCGGAGAUCGCUUCGGCCUGGCCGUGGCCGUCACAGAGGAUGGCCACGUGCUGGCUGCGGCCCCACCAAAGCUGCAAAGCCUCCUUGAUGUGCCUGUGACUCUGGACUUCAUUUUCGUUCGCUGGCCCUCCUGGCCUGAAGUGCGUUUCUACACGGCUCCGCCUUGCUCCGCCUCGGCCUUUCUGAGGUGGGCACAGACCGGCACACUGGUAUCGGCGGCCCCGGCAGCGGCCAAAAAUUCGUCGAUCCCGGGUCGGGCGAAGCUGACGGCCAGCGACGCGGUGCCCUUCGGCCGCUUCGGUUCCGCGGUGGCCAUCUCCGGCUCCUACGCGCCGGUCUCAGCCUUUUCCGAUCUCUCCGGUCUUUUCGGCAUUUGA